AAGCAAAGUCCAACAAAUGACAGCUGACUUGUACUUGUCUCUCUCCACUCCUCCUCCAAUCUAACUACCAAACCGAACUCUCUUCAUAAAAUUAAAUUAAAACCUCCCAUCACGUCUCACUUGUGUCUUCUUAAAUACAAAUAAAUUUUACUCUCUCAUUAAUUAUUCUCCUCCAAUCUACUACACUACCAAAAACUGUUUCCAAAUCAUUACAACCUUAAUAUAACUAUUAACGUUGUUGUUUUAUUUAUUGUUAUGGCUGUUGGAGCACUCGAUUCCACCCAUGUUCCGAUUCUAACCGAAGAAGAUAAAGAAGACGAUUUCAUUACUGAGUUAACUCACCAUAUGUCUCACUUUAUUCUUCAAGAAGAGAACGAUUCAUUCGAUUUCAUGAAACCAUGGGACUUGACGGUUUCACCCGAUUCAACUCUCUGGUCACCGGUGAGUUAUAAUCAUGGAAGCUCUGAAGGGUCAUCAUCUCAGGAACCAUCACCACCACCUACACCAACACCGUGUUGGAAGACGACGGCGACGACAACAGCAACAACAACCUACGAUCAUGUCGUUGAUGGGUUUGAGAAUAAUAGUAGUACUAUGAAGUCGAUUUUGUCACACCGAGCAUUGAUUCAGGAACAAAUCAAAGCGAUUGAAGCAAUGAAACAACAUGAAAAAGAGAUUCAGAGUCAGAAGAAAGGUAAUAAUGGAGUGAACCGGGUUCGUCCACGUCCGCCAAGGCCGGCUCCAUUGCAGACCGGUAUGCGGGCGGUUUUUAUUGGUGGACCCGGUUCGAGAAAUGGGACCGGUGUUUUCUUGCCUCGUUCUGGAACCGUUGCUCCUUCGGAAUCAAAUAAAAAGAAAGGGAAAGGUUGCUCCACUGUCCUUAUACCAGCAAGAGUUGUGCAAGCUUUGCAACAACACUUUGACAAAACCGCUGCAGUAUCUGGAGAACCCAAAGUUGCUAGUCUCCCUCCACUAAGAGAUCUUGUUGUGAGUGAUAAGGAAGGUAUGUAUUCACUUGAGAAUCAACAGUCAACAAAAGCACCGAAAGAUGUCCAAGAUGAUAUGAUUCUGCCACAAGAGUGGACAUAUUGAAGUUAAUUCAAUACUAUAGAGUCACAUGCAUUUGCAAGUUGCGACACUAAGUGCUUUGUUUACACACACACACGUGAUAUUGGUAAUAAAUCAUAAUCAUAAUAAUCAUUAUCAUUAUAAUAAUAAUGGUGAUGAAAAUAAUUUUGUUUUGGCAAAACUUUUUACUAGACUGAUAAAAUAAACAAAUAAAAGGAACUUCUUGCAUCAGAUUAGAUUCAUGAAUAUAAAGAGGGAAUCUUUUUUAAGUCGCAAUCAGUAUGACAAAUGUAUGUGUCUUGUUUUGUAAUUUGCUUCUCUCUUAAGUUGUUUUUUUUAUGGUUUUUAUAUAUAAGUUUGCGUAGCACGUACUCCUGUCUCUAAUCGUGACAGGGGGAUGUAAUAUAAAAUAAGGAAUGAAAUCUAGCAGUUUCUUGUAUUAAUUGCUAAGCAAAAAUAAUAGCUAGAGUAUUGACUUUAGGAUGGGGAUGUAUUUUAAAAUCCUUUGUAAAAUGAAAUAAUUGUUGUGUGUUA